AACAACAAGAAAUUUUGAAUCCACCAGAUGAAACAAUUAAAAGUUCUUCAACAAGUAUGAAAAAAAGAAGAUUAAAUUUAUUUAAUAAAACUGUAGAUGAUGAACAAGCAGCUAUAUAUAAAGAAAAAUAUAUUGCUUUAAUAACUCCUAAUGAUACACAUUGGAAUAGUCACUUUUACUGUUUUUCAAAUAUUUUAAAAUCUAAAGUGGCUUUAAAAUCUAAUAAAGUUUUAAAAUUAUGUCAAUUAAGAGAUAAAUUAUUAUGUAAUCAUUUAUAUGAAGCUUUAACCAAACAAGAAAAAAAAAUUUAUAAAACAAAUAUUACAAUGCAAGCACAAAACACAAACUUAGAAAUUUCUGAUAAUGAAAAAACCAAUAUUGAAAAUACCAACAUUAAAGAUAUCCAUUUUGAAAAUUCUCAUAUUGAAGAUACUCAUGUCAAAAAUACUUAUAUUGAAGAUGUUUAUAUUGAUGAAUUAAAUAAGACAAAUAGUAAAAUUAAUGAAUUAGUUAAUAAUGAUCUAUUAAAUGAUAAUAAUGCAAAUUUAGAUUCUUUUGAAGUUUUUAGUACAAUGCAUUCUGCUAAAAAUCAUAAAGCAAAUGAAAAUUAUUAG